AUGAGUGGCUAUCCUUACGGAAAUCCAGCGGGUAGUUAUCCACCACCUUAUUCUCUAGGUAAUAGUGGUUAUGCGAACUAUUCACCAAACAGUGGUUAUCAGCCUCCUCCACCACCGAUACCCAUGUAUGCCGACAAUCAAUCGUUUGCAUCACCCUAUAAUACCGCUGCUUCUUAUAUGUCUGCCAAUAAUAAUUAUUCAGCAACACCCUAUAAUGUAAGCCAAAUGCCAGGUGACUCAUAUGGUUAUGGAGGCAAUAGUGACUAUCAACUACCUCCAUCAUCUGGGGGACAAAUGCCUUCUUCGAUGUUUAAUCAGCCUGUACAACAAUAUGGAGGUUUUGAAAAUUCGCAAUAUCAACAACCAUAUUCUCAAGAAACACCAUCAUCAUUGUCUGGCGGUUUAUAUCCAAAUUUGUCAAAACCAGCAAUACCAUCCAACUAUGGUGGAGAAGGAAUAGCUUCUUCAUACCAACCCCAACCCCAACUCCAACAUCAAUCGUUUUAUCCGCAAGAGCAACCAUCGACUAUACUUGCUAGUUUAGAGCAAUAUCAAGGAACAGUUUUUCCGGCAUCAAAUUUUAAUGUUGAUGCUGAUUGUCAAGCAUUGAGUCAAGCGAUGAAAGGAGCAGGUACCAAUGAACGUGCUUUAAUCGAUAUUAUUGCUAAUCGAUCUAAUACGCAGCGUCAACAAAUUAAACUUCAAUAUAAAUCGAUGUAUGGCGUGGAUUUGAUUCAACAACUUACUGGAGAACUGAGUGGAAAUUUCAGAGAAACAAUUAUUGCCUUAUUUGAAUCACCGGCAUAUUUUGAUGCAUGGUCAUUAAAUCAAGCUUUAAACGGAAGUAAAGAAGGAACACUACGUGAAAUUUUGCUUUCAAGAACAAAUAGUGAGAUUCAAGCAAUCAUAGAAUCGUAUAGACGAAUAUUUAAUAAGGAUCUUGAAAAAGAAAUCAGUAAUCGUGUACGAGGAAGUGAUUUCAAACGAAUGCUCAUUUCUGCCGUACAGGCUAAUCGAGACGAAUUGAGUCCACAACAAAUUCAACAAGCUCGUCAGAUGGGCAUUGAAAGUGUUAUUGAUCGUAAUCGUGCUCGUCAAGAUGCUGAUGAUUUAUAUAAAGCUGGUGCUGGUAAAUGGGGUACUGAUGAGAAAACUUUUAAUGCCAUUUUUGCUCGACGUAAUUAUUAUCAACUUCGUGCUACUUUUGAAGAAUAUCAAAAAAAAUAUCAAAAAGAUAUUGCUAAAGUAAUUCGAUCAGAAUUUUCUGGUGAUAUUAAAGAUGCUUAUCUUGUUCUGAUAUCAUGCAUUCGAGAUCGACCAUCAUAUUUUGCUGAAUGUAUUCAUAAAGCUGUUAGUGGUUUAGGUACCAAUGAUUCAACACUUAUUCGUGUGAUUGUUACACGUUCUGAGAUUGAUCUUGCACAAAUUAAACAACAAUACCAACAAAUCUACAAUCGUUCAUUAGCUCAAGAUGUUAGUGGAGAUACAUCUGGUGAUUAUAAAAGAAUUCUUUUAUCUAUUAUAAAAUAA